UUUUUACAUACGUUUACGACGUCAUCGAUUCUAUCGAAUUCCAGUUUUAAUUUUUACUUUCAGCAUCGUAGUUCAUAUCUAUUGUGUAAGCCAUGUCGAGAAGGACGGACUUGGACUUGAGCGACGACAAGCGUUUUGCUUUGAUGAAGUUGAGGCGGAAUGUUGCCGACAUGCAUUUAGAUGAAAAAUACGACGAUUGCUUUUUACUAAGAUGGCUAGCCGCUAGAAAUUUCGAUCCAAAAGCUGCUGAGACUAUGUUGAGAAAUUCUAUGGAUUGGCGUCAGAAGUGGUCUAUAAACAAGGACGACGGCUGGGUACCAUCUCAAUUGAUGAUCGACUACGUGCCAACUGGUCAUUGUGGAUACGAUAAACAAGGUUCACCCGUAAUAGUAAUUCCUUUCUCAGGGUUUGACAUCUGCGGCUUGAUCAAAUCUGUCUCAACACAGGAUAUGGUUAGGUAUUUGGCGAAUAAAGUUGAUUCAUUCUUAGAAAUUGCAAGACAAUCAUCGCUAAAAAAUGGUCCAAACGCAUCCCAAAUUGUAGUUAUCGUCGACUUGACUGACUUCAACUUGAAACAGUUUACAUGGAGGCCAGCUGGUGAACUAAUUAUUACUUUAUUACAAAUGUAUGAAGCAAAUUACCCUGAAAUCUUGAAAGCUGUGUAUGCCAUAAAUGCUCCAAAAGUUUUUGCUUUUGCAUUUAACAUUUUAAAAACGUUCAUGACUGGAAGUACAUUGAGUAAAUUUAUUAUAUACAAAUCAGAUCCAAAUAAAUGGAAACCAGUUUUGGCCAAAGUAAUUGAUCCAGACCAAUAUCCAGCUCAUUUUGGAGGCGCACAGUUCGAUCCUGAUGGUAAUCCAAGAUAUACUACAAAAAUUGUACAAGGAGGAAAAGUACCAAAGGAAUUCUACUUGAAAAAUGAAAAGAAGUUAUCACAAAUGGAGAAUUACACAACUGUAACAAUAAAAAAAGGAGACAAACUAUACUUGCAAUACAAUGUAGCAGAACCAGACAGUUUUCUCAAAUGGCAUUUUAGAACUGAAGGACAUGAUAUCAAAUUUGGUGUUUUAACUACAGAUUCAGAAAAUAUCCAAACUAUCCUAGUACCAAUUAAGAAAGUAUCAUGUCAUGAAUUUGAAGAAACUGGUGUCAUAAUAUGCAAAUACCCAGGAACAUAUACAGCUGUAUUUGACAACAGUUACAGUUUUAUGCGCAGUAAAACAUUAUCGUAUGAUAUUCAAAUUACUAAGCCCGUAAAAGAUCCAAAAAUGAUUUCAAUUGAUGAAGAAGUAAUUCAAAGAAUAGAAGUAGAAGAAUAGUACUCCAUAAGUGAAAUAGACUAUUAAAUCAAAAUUAGUUAUAUAAAUUAUAUUGUACAGUACAACAUUAUUAUAUAUAUAUUAUAUUAUAUUAGCUAUAUUUAUAUUUUUAAAAAAAAUUUAAUAAUAUAUUUAUACAAAAAUUAUUUUAACUAAAAAUCAUUAUAUUUUUAGAAAAAUAAUUUUAAAGUUUGUUUUGUUAAUUUUUUAUCAAUAAUAAUGAUAAAUUAAAACUUAGUAUUAAUCUUCAGAUUCUUCAAAUAACAUGUUGAGCAAAUCAGGUUUUAAACAUUCCUCUACUUGUAGUUUGUACAAUGUACCCCAUUUCAUUAGGGUAGGCAAAAAUUGUAGUUUUGUUCUCUUGUCAGUUUUGAAGGGAUUUCCAGGACAAUUUUUCCACCUAAAACACAUUGUUAACUAAUUAUUGUUUUUAUAAAAUUAUUGAUUUGUUAUGAAUAUUUAUGAUAAUGUUUUUUAUAAAAAACAAACUAAAAAAUAUAUAUUAAAAUUUUUUUACACAAAUAAAAUAUAUUAAUUUUGCA